GUCCUCGUCUGGCUAUCUUUGUUCGUUGAGGUUUGAAAAACAGAAUAGUAAAAUAGUGAUGGGGAGUUGUAGCAGCAAAGUUAAGAUGGUGUCCUAUAAAAUUUCGGUGAAGACUGGAGAUCAGAUAGGAGAUGGGACUGAUGCUAAUGUUUACAUCAAACUUUAUGAAGAAGGUAACCAGACAAUCGUGCACACUCUAGAUAACUGUUUUAAGAAUGAUUUUGAAAGAGAUCAUAUUGAUAACUUUUCUGUUAGUUCUCAAUUCAACAUUUCUAAAGUGCAGAGAGUCGAAUUGUGGCGAGACAAUUGUGGUUUGUUAAGCAACUGGUAUUUAGAUUGGAUUGAAGUCACAAACAAGGCAACCAACACCAAAUGCCUAUUUCCAGCAAUGAAAUGGAUCAAAGAGAACCACCGUUAUUUUUUUAACAACAUGGACUCAUGUUUACCACAAGACGAUCCAUUUAAAGAAUCGAGAAUGUCGGAGCUUCAGGACAUACAAAAAGAAUAUCAGCUACGGGUUAACAUACAUGGAUUACCUGCUCAGGUAAAAGAAUUACCAGAAGAUGAGAAAUUCUCAUGUAUUUACAAAUGCCGCUUAGAAAUUGAAACGAUAUUGAAUGAAGCAGCAAAAUUUUGUUUGGUGAAGUGUAAUGGAAACGAAUGGAAGGAUUUCGAUGACGUCAAAAAUAUGUAUACACUUUUUGGAUGUCCGAGGGGCUCAAAAUACUUUAAUAAUGAUGAAAGCUUUGGAAGACAGAGACUGAAUGGGUUAAACCCGUCACUUUUAAAACUGUGUACUGGGAUACCUGGAAAAUUUGGAGUGACAGAAGAUAUAAUCCGACCGUUCUUAGAAGGCAAAACAAUGAAACAAGCAAUGGACGGUAACAGGCUGUUCAUUAUAGACUUGGGGAUAUUAGAAGACUGUCCAACUCUGCGACAAUACAUUGUUAUGACAUGUCCAUUUGCUCUAUUUUAUUUUAACGAUUGCAAACGUCUUAUGCCAAUAGCCAUACAGCUAUUUCAGAAAGAAAACCAGUGUUUCCCGGUGUUCUUACCAUCAGAUCCAGAGUAUACCUGGAUGUUGGCAAAGAUGUGGUACAGCCUGGCUGAUUCUACAUAUCAUCAAGCUCUGACUCAUCUAAAUUUUACUCAUUUGAUGAUGGAAGGUAUAAGCGUUGCAGCAAAGAGGAACCUUGCACAUUCACAUCCAAUUAUGAAUUUACUAAAUCCUCAUUUUCUGUAUCUCAUGGCCAUAGAUAGCCUGGCACUCAGGACGUUGAUAGAAUUUGGAGGCAUUAUAGAUAAAACUUCAAAUGCAGGAAUCAAUGGCCACUUUCAUUUGAUGGAAAAGAGUAUGGAUUGGUGGAGUUUGGAUUUACACGGAACUCUUCCAGAGGAAUUGAAGAGUCGAGGGGUACUUGAUCCAUCUAUACUGACCGGCGCCUAUCAUAUGAGAGAUGAUGCCCUUUUGUUGUAUGAUGCCAUCAAAACUUAUGUAGAAAAAUAUGUUAUGCUCUACUAUUCCACAGAAGGUUCAAUGACCGCUGAUUAUGAGCUCCAGAACUGGGGAGCAGAACUUGUAAAGUCCCGAACAGAAGGCGGAGUGGGAAUUCGGGGAGUCCCAAAUAAAGGUAAAUUCGUAACCACAGACCAACUCAAUUUAACGUUGACAGCCAUUAUCUACAUUUGUAGUGUUGGUCAUGCCUCAGCCAACUUUCAGCAGUACGAUGAAUAUGGUUCUCCAUUUAAUUAUCCAUAUGCUUUGUCUGGAGAUCCUCCUAAAGAUAAGAGUCCAGUCACUGAAGAUUGUAUCCUUCAGACUAUUGCAAAAAGACCACAACUUUUAGAAUUAAUGGCGAUCACAAAAGUUCUUAGUCAAAAAGCAACACAAAGUCUUGGUGAUUUUGAGAGACAGAUGAUUGUGGAUCCACCAGCAGUAGAAAUUGUUAAAGAAUUUCAACAGAAAUUACGGGAUGUUGGUAAAAUAAUUGACAAAAGAAACAAACAAAGGGAACAUCCAUAUGAUUGGCUUCAUCCAAAGGCAAUACCUAAUGCCAUCAGCAUUUAGACACUUCAUCUGUUUUAUAGACAUAAUGGUUUCUGUUUACUUACAAUUUUCUUGCAAUGCUGAGAGAUUUCUUUUUAAUCUACAAUCUUUUCUGAUUUCUUAAAAAAAAAUUAAAAAAAUGUAUGUGCCUGUCGUAAAUUGAGGACAUUAAACCUAAGCGUCUACUGGGAUUGUGGUAGGUAGAUAAACUUGUUAUAUUUAUAUUAUUGUGGUAUGUGCUUUAUGCAAACGGCUUCCACAAUCCUUAAUUGAGGGAGGCACUGGGAUAGAAAAAACAAAUUGUAAAUGAUAAGGAGCCAUGUUGGUUAAUAUGUGUUUAGAUUUUUAUCAAAUAUCUUGAACAGUUCAAUGGUGGACGUCCCAUCCUAAAAAAAAAUAGAAUAUACAGAUAUAUAUAUAUUGUGAAUAAAAUUUAAUUAGCAACUAUAAAAAUCACUGGAAAUUAAUUUCUAGCUUACACUACUACUGGGGAUUGAUGCAAAAUUGUAUUCGAUGUUUAUCUGCCCUUCAACUCGAAAAUGACAUGUAGUUUCAAAGGAGUUUUAUCGUUGUGAUAAAAAGGAAACAUUUUCUAAUACCAAUUAUGAAGGUAAUUAAUACUAUUCUUCCAUUCCCAAGAACUGGAAAAAGAUCGGUUAAUUGAUUGCAAUGGUUGCAUGUUGAAUGCGUGUAAGAUCCAGGGACAAAUAUUUGAAGGAUGAUCAAUUCACGGAGAUAGGCCUUUAUAGAAUGAAGAAAAUUACUAAACAUCCAGUGACAUAUAUUUUUUAGAAUAUUAUUAAUUUCGACACGAUAAAAACCGGUAUCCAACCAAAAUAACAGUAGGAAAAUUUAUAGUCAUUUCUAUUACAUUUUGUUUUAUUCUUUCAUUAAGUGGAGGUAAUUAAACGACUAAAAUUCCAGUGACAAUUUUUUUGGAAUAUUUAUAUUGUCACGAUAAAAACAAGUAUCCACCAAUUUAUCAAUAUCGCCUCUUUGUUUAUAGACCACGUUAUUCCUUUUUGUAGCUCUCCUUGGGCAUUCAUUUGUUUCAAGUACAAUGUAUAGGGAACCAUUUUUAAUUUAGGGUUAGGUUUACAAGUUUGGCUAUUGUUAGUGUAAGCCCCCUCACUUCCCCCCCCUUUUUUUCUCGAUUUGUUUUUGAUAUAUUGUUGUGUAUGCUUUUUGUGUGCAUUUAUUAGGACAUUUUAUGGUCAUUGAUUUCAUAGCUAGACAGUGAAAUAACAACUUUUGAGAUGGAAGUUAGAGCACUGGUCUAAGCUCCUCCCAUUCUUUGCUUUUCCUAUGACAAGCGACACACGGCGGGACUGGAGAGUGCAAUAACUAAAAAAUCAUUCAGUUAACGCACUCCUCUAAAAAUAACCGAAGUUAACUUACUCGAAGAUCAAAGGAAAAACUAACAUUCAUGUUACAAUUUGUGUAUAGAAACUGUCCAAAUUUAUUCGCAGUUGUUGUCAUUUAAACCAUAGCUAUGCUCUAACAGAGUAAUAUAACACUUUAGUCCAGAUAUUAUAUUCAGAAGUUGUCUCUCUUCCAGUGGUUACCCUUUGUAUAUUUGUAUGUAUAGUCUGUCAACAAUUAUACGACCAUAACUGUUAAUUAAUUCCACUUUUAUAUACUAUUUUAUUUUCCAGUUUUAUAAUUUCAACUAUUAGAAUUGAGUUUGUUUUUUUUUUAAUAAAGAAUGUGUUUGUUUGA